AUGGCUCGAGGAGAGUGGAAGUUGUUGUUUGUGCUGUUGGUCGCCGGGCUACUUGUGGCCCCAUCCUAUGCAGCGGCAACCGGUGAUGGAGCCGGCGGCACCGCGAUCGGCAUUGACGCGGGCACCACCUACUCGUGCAUCGGCGUCUACCGGAACGGCCGUGUCGAGAUCAUCGCCAACGACCAGGGCAACUGGAUCACGCCCUCAUGGGUCGCCUUCACCGACGGCGGUGAGCGCCUCAUUGCGGGACAUGAAGCUGUUGUCCGUGAGGUCAUCGAGAGGAACGGGAAGCCACACGUGCGGGUCCAGAUGAGGGAAGGCGACGUGCGCGAGUUCAGCCUCGAGGAGGUCAGUGCCAUGGUGCUCACCAAGAUGAAGGAGACGGUCGAGGCCUACCUCGGCCAGAAGGUCAUGGACGCCGUCGUCGCUGUCCCGGCCUACUUCGACGAUGUGCAGCGCCAGGCCACCAAGGACGCUGGCCUUAUCGCUAGGCUCAACAUGCUCCACAUAAUCAACGAGCCCACCACGGAAGCCAUCGCCUAUGGCAUCGAUGAGAAGGGCCUAGAGAAGAAGGUGCUCGUGUUCGACCUCGGCGGCGACACAUUCGACGUCAGCAUCCUGGCCAUCAACAAUGGCGUCUUCGAGAAGAGCGACAUCGAUGAGAUCGUACUCGUCGGUGGUAGCACCAGGAUCCCCAAGGUGCAGCAGCUGCUGAAGGACUACUUCAACGGCAAGGAGCCCAGCAGGGAAGUCAACCCCGACGAGGCUGUCGUGUACGGUGGUGCCGUCUAG